GUGAAAAGAGUGCCAGUCCUGGCUCCCUUCAGGGACUCGAGAGGACUGUCUCACAGUGACGUAACACACUUUUCAACCAGUGACGUCAUCGUGCCACCUGUUGAAGGCAAGGCACGCAUGCUGCAUGCCUCUCCAAGCGACGCCUUACCACUUGAGGCACGCAUGUUGCAUGCGUCACCAAGCGACGCUCUACCAAUGGAAGCUCGCAAUGCUGAGGCACUACCGAUGGAGGCACGAAUGUUGCAUGCGUCAAGUGAGGCACUACCUAUGGAGGCAAGGAUGUUGCAAGUGCCUGGAGCCAGUGUGUACCCCACUUCCAUCAUGUACUCUCCGGCCUCCUCGUCUGUGAUUGGUCCGGAUGGAGCGACGCGUGUGACGUCAGUUGAGGAAGGCGUAAGGACGCCUGUGUUGCAGUAUGCUCACCCGGAGUUGGGGGUUCAGCCUGCUGUUCCUGAGGCUGAGUCAAGGGUGCGAGUGGCAGUUGACGAGCAAUUCGACGACCACCCAGCAGGAGGCAGAGACCAGGCGUUGGCUUACUUUUCCCACGACAUCCACGCUGACCGAUCGCCCUUUGCCUUCGAACCCGGUCUGGAGGACGAGGCUAGGGUCCCCCCUGUAGCUCCCACCCCCCUCGUUGAACGCCAACACUCACAAAGGUCUCACAGCCCUCCAGCCCCCCGGCCGAAGAAGAUCGACCCCCCUCACACCCUCAUCAACAGUCACCAGUUCUACAUCACAGAGCGCCCCAGCGGCAACCUCAAGUACUACAGCAAAUACCCCGAGGCACUAGUGUACAGCGGCAGCGUCGUUGACAACCGAGACCGUCCCUUUUGGGAGAGGAUUGGCGACACCAUCAGAGAGCAUGUACAGACUGGAGUUGACAAGAUGACCGAGAUGACCCGGCCUGUCAUGGAGCCCCUAGUUGAGGCUACACAGAAGAUAUCCCACAAUCUUGGAUUAGGUACAGAUCGCGAAAUGCACUCAUUCAAGGAUAAAUUGGGGGUUGUGGGGAACACCAUCUGUCUUCCUGCCUGCUCUUGGAUUGGUGGCCGGAGGAGCUGCUCUAGGACUUGGCGCAGUUGCGGUUGGAAGGUAUUUAGAUGUGGACAUGUUGAAAAGGAGCGGAGCCGGGGACGCGGAGAUCGAACGACUCCAGCUGGAACACAAGAGGGCGCUGGAGGCGCUCGACAGAGGUCACACAGAGGUCAGCGGCCGAGGUCACGGUGACCUUGGACAGCUGACUCAUGCGCAGAAACCCACUAUGCUGUAUCCCUCUGCAUCACCUGCAACUCAGCCGUAUUCCUCUGCAUCACCUGCAACAAGUGACGCAGCAAAAACGUUGCAGCGCAGACGGAGGCGAGAUGUCCUG